AGCCCGCGGGUCGGUAUAAAGGCGUCUCCGGCCUGGCCCCAAGACUUGGCCCCAUGGAGACGCCGCCGGCCGCAGCUGGCGCUGGGCGAGGAGCUGUGACCAGUGCCUCCCAGCAGUCUGAGCUAUGAGCGGCCCCUGUGGAGAGAGGCCCAUUGAGGAAGCAAGCCCCACCAUGAGUCUGUGGGAACUUGAGGACAGCCACAGCUGUCAGGGCACCCCCAGUCGGGCCCAGGAGCGCCCUGCUGAGGAGGCAGCAGCUUCAGAGCUACAGAUGAAGGUGGAUUUCUUCCGGAAGCUGGGCUAUUCAUCCACUGAGAUCCACAGCGCCUUGCAGAAGCUGGGAGUUCAGGCAGAUACCAACACAGUGCUGGGCGAGCUGGUGAAGCACGGGUCAGCCGCUGAGCGGGAGCGCCAGGCCUCACCGGACCUCUGCCCCCAACCCCCCUUGGUCCCCCGGGGUGGGGGUACCCCCAAGACUCCCACCCUGGAGCCCUCACUCCCAGAGGAGGACAAGGAGGGCAAUGACCUCAGGCCAGUGGUUAUCGACGGGAGCAAUGUGGCCAUGAGCCACGGAAACAAGGAGGUCUUUUCCUGCCGGGGCAUCUUGCUGGCAGUGAACUGGUUUCUAGAGCGAGGACACACAGACAUUACAGUAUUUGUGCCAUCCUGGAGGAAGGAACAGCCACGACCCGAUGUGCCCAUCACAGACCAGAACAUCCUGCGGGAACUGGAGAAGAAGAAGAUACUGGUGUUCACACCAUCGCGGCGUGUGGGUGGCAAGCGAGUGGUUUGCUACGAUGACAGAUUCAUUGUGAAGCUGGCCUUCGAGUCUGACGGGAUCGUGGUCUCCAACGACACAUACCGUGACCUCCAGGGCGAGCGCCAGGAGUGGAAGCGCUUCAUUGAGGAGCGGCUGCUCAUGUACUCCUUCGUCAAUGACAAGUUCAUGCCCCCUGAUGACCCCUUGGGCCGUCAUGGGCCCAGCCUGGACAACUUCCUGCGUAAGAAGCCACUCACUUCUGAGCAUAGGAAGCAGCCAUGUCCCUACGGGAGGAAAUGCACCUAUGGGAUCAAGUGCCGAUUCUUCCACCCAGAGCGGCCAAGCCGCCCCCAGCGCUCUGUGGCUGAUGAGCUCCGUGCCAAUGCCCUCCUCUCACCCCCACGGGCCCUGGGCAAGGACAAAAGUGGCCAGCGGUCUUCACCUUCAUCUCAGUCCGACUCUGUAACUACAGAGAGUGAGCCGUGCAGCCUGGAUGGGAAGAAGAUGGGGGCUCGAGCAUCCACAGCGCCCCGCCGGGAAGGUCCAGCACAGACCUUCACUCCAUCGGGCAGGAGCCACCCACCUAGUGGGGGCAGUGGCAGCAGCUUUGGGCCCAUGGACUGGUUCCCACAGACCCUGGACUCACUCCCAUAUACCUCCCAGGAUUGCCUGGAUUCUGGCAUUGGCUCCCUGGAGAGCCAGAUGUCAGAACUGUGGGGGAUUCGAGGAGGAAGCCCUGGUGAGCCGGGCCCAUCCCAGGGCCCUUAUGCUGGCUACACCCCCUAUGGAUCUGAGCUUCCAGCUACUCCAGCCUUUUCCGCCUUUGGACAGGCCGUGGGUGCUGGCCACUUCAGUGUCCCUGCCGACUACACACCCCGGCCACCGGCCUUUCCACCUCGAGAAUACUGGUCUGAGCCGUACCCACUGCCACCACCCACCCAAGUCCUUCAGGAUCCCCAGGUGCUAAGCCCAGGGGCUGGCAGGGGCCCAUGGGGGAGGGCAGGCAGCCUGGCCAAGGAGCAAGCCAGUGUGUACACCAAGCUGUGUGGUGUCUUCCCCCCACACCUGGUGAAGGCUGUGAUGGGGCGCUUCCCACAGCUCCUGGACCCCCAGCAGCUGGCUGCCGAAAUCCUCUCCUACAAGUCCCAGCACCCCAAUGAAUAAACCUCAAGCAGCCCCGAGGCUUACCCUGGAGGCUGGACAGAGGGAGGAGUAAAGUAAGGAGGGAACCCACAAACCAAAGAUACUGUAGGAUUGGUUCUGGCCCAUGCAGCCCCCUAGCCGUCGGCCUAAGUGGGUCAGAAGUGAUCACCCUGUUGAUGCACAUUGUAUCUCUGUAGUUUAAGGAGACGCUGCCAGUGAUGGCGUCGGUCCGUGGCUGAGGCCCAAACCCGCUUUUCUCUCGGAAGAUGGAGAGGGGGUGGGGGGAGCAGAGACCUGGGCUGCGGACCCUGUGUGCCACCCCCUACCUCCACUCUACCCCCGGGAUGCCAGCCUGGGCUGGCUAGUUGGGCACCAUGUGCCUGCCCUCCAAGGGCCCCCUACACCAAUGAGGCCUCCUGCGUGUUCCUGCUGGGCACAAGGCUUCAUGUUAGUAAGCAAGAUGCUUCUUAAUAACCCACCUUCCACCCCUCUAUUCACCUGUCCCAUUGCCCCUGCUGAGGGUCAGAGGCCCUCUGUCUCUACCCUUCAUUCUCUCCCUAACUCUGUACUCAGAGUCAUCUCACCCAUCUCCAAGGAUGGGGGCAUAUGUAUAUGUUUAUGCAAGGUACAAAUUUUCAAUGUUUUAAGUGGAAUGUCUGUAACAUCAAUAAAGUACAAGC